AGCCCCAUGGGAAUGCAGGAAUGGCACCCCUGGAUCUUUCCAGAACCUGGGAAUUCCCUGGGAAUGACCUCCCCAAGGAUCCUUCCUGAGCUGAGAAUUCCCGGGGAAUGCAGGAAUGACCCUCCUGGAUCCUUCCCGAAUCUGGGAAUUCCUUGGGAAUGGCCCCAUGGGAAUGCAGGAAUGACCAUCCUGGAUCCUUCCCAAAUCUGGGAAUUCCCUGGGAAUGCGGGAAUGGACUCAUGGGAAUGCAGGAAUGACCCUCAGGAAUGCGGGAAUGGCACCCCCGGAUCCUUCCCAAACCCUGGGAAUUCCUCAGGAAUGCAGAAAUGGCCCCUCUGGAAUGUGGGAAUGACCCCCCCCCACCCCACAGCUUUUGGGGCUCCAAGCGGGGUUUUGGUGAUUUCCAUCCUAAACACUGCUAAAAAAGCGGGAUUUGGGAAAAUGGAAAACAACCCCCGAUCCCAAAAAUUGACCAAAACCCAUUUUUUUUUUACUGCAAACUCCCCGAGCGCCGCCCCGGGGGAGAUGGGAAGGAGCAAAAAUCCAUGGAAAAAUCCAGGAGAAUCCCUAAAAACGGCCCGAAGGGAGCGGGAAUGGCGCGGGGCAGAGCCGGGCUCUGCUCCUGAAGGCACCUCGAGAUUCCAGCACAGUGACCUGGCACGGAGGGAACUGGGAAUGUGGGAAUUCCGGCUGAUCCCGGGCCAAACCAUCCGCCAGAAGGAAAAAAAACCCCGAAUUCCCGGGAAAAAAAAUUCCUUUGGGACUCCCCUCGUGAUCCCUGAGAUGUCCCCGGGGUGGGCGAGGGUGGGGAGCCCGGGAAUGCUGCUGGGAUGGGAUCCGGGAUCCCUGCGGAUGCUGGAGGGCUGGGAAGGGGGAAAUCCCAAAAACUGUAGCACCCAGAGUAGGGAAAACCAGCAAAAAAUGGGAAUACUGGGGGGGAAAAAAAUGGGAAUAUAGGAGAAAAACCAGGUGUUGGCAGCUGCUCUUUAGGGAUCCCAGAUCCCUAAAGGGAUCCCAAGCCGGGAUCAGAUCCCCAAAGUGAUCCCGAGCCGGCAGCCGCGGAGAUUCGGGGCUGGAAAAACGGGAAACAGUAAAAAAAAAGCUGCGGAAAAAUACAAAUAAAAUAAAAAAAC